AUGGAUAAAAACAAGCGUUUCAAUCCAUAUAUCAAAGUCAAUGCUGAAGACGAAAUCGUUAUUUCUGGCAUUGCUGGGCGAUUUCCUAAUUCUGACAAUAUAAAAGAUUUUCAGGAAAAACUUUUUAAUAAAAUGGAUCUUGGUUCGAACGAUCAUCAACGCUGGACUGAUUAUAUAUACGAAAUGCCUCCUCGAAUAGGAAAAAUGAACGAAAUACAAAAGUUUGACGCAGGAUUCUUCGAUAUACCGGCUUCAGAGGCUCAUAUGCUUGAUCCUGCAGUCAGAAUAUUACUCGAACAUACCUAUGAAGCAAUCAUUGAUGCGGGUGUAAAUCCAGCAGAAUUAAAAGGAACGAACACAAGCGUCGUCACAGCAAUAAGUGUUUCUGAUGCCUAUCUGGAUUUAAUAUAUGAGAAGCCUCACAUUGCUGGAUUACCCAUUCUUGGAUGCAGCAAAGCCAUGAUAGCAAACAGAAUUUCUCAUUGGCUCGGCAUUACUGGACCAUCGUAUAACAUCGAUACUGCAUGCAGUUCGAGUCAUUUUGCUAUGGUGGAGGCUUACAGGAUGAUUCGAUCAGGCGUUUGCGAUGCUGCUAUUGUUGCUAGCGUUAAUUUGUGCAUCCAUCCUUUUGUAACUCAUCAGUUCUUUUGUCUGGGGGUUCUUUCUGUUGAUGGUUACUGUAAACCUUACGACGAGAAAGGCGCUGGUUACAUGCGGAGUGAUGCAGCUGUAGUAGUGUACCUACAAAAGACAAAAAACGCAAGGAGAAUCUACGCGACUUUUGUCUACGGUAAAACCAACUGUGAUGGCUUUAAAGAAGAAGGGAUCACCUAUCCAUCGUUUGACAAGCAAAAAAUGCUGCUGGAAGAAUUUUACGAGGAAUGCGGCGUCUCGCCUCUUCAGCUGUCUUACAUGGAGGCUCAUGCAACUGGUACCCUAGCUGGUGAUCCUGUGGAACUUCAAGCCAUUGAUGAAGCUUUAUGUUCCAAAAGAGACGGCCCUCUGUUAUUGGGUUCAGUAAAGUCGAAUAUUGGACACUCCGAACCCGUUAGCGGUCAUUGUCAAAUUGCAAAAAUAAUAAUAGCGAUGGAAACUGGUAUAAUCGCGCCUACUAUACAUUUCAACCAACCACGGAAGGAUAUGACUGCUAUUAUUGAAGGAAGAAUAAAAGUAAUCACCGAACCGACAGAAUUUAAGGGAGGUUACAUCGGUAUUAAUUCUUUUGGAUUUGGCGGUGCUAAUGGCCACAUAUUACUGAAAUCGAAUCCAAAAAUUAAAGUCAUAAAUAAAACAGAUUAUAAUUUACCUAAGCUUGUGGCUGUAUCUGGAUGUACCGAGGAAGCAGUUAAAAUUUUAUUAGAUGAUGUACAGAAUCGAUCGAUAGAUGUAGAAUAUAUCUCUCUGCUACAUCGUAUUCAUAACCAAAAUAUAGAAGGUCAUCCCUACAGAGGAUACUUAAUUGCUGGAUCAAAAUUAUCCGAUAACAUAAUAAUUAAAAUGGAACGCAACUUAUGUACAAAAAUACCAAUUUGCUUUAUAUUUUCUGGAAUUGGAUCUCAAUGUCUUAACAUGGGUCGUGCUUUAAUGAAAUUUCCAGUAUUCACUAAAGCAGUUCAGAAAUGUGAUGCAGUUUUGAGACCUCAUGGUAUAUUCAUCAUCGAUAUUCUAACAAAUGAAGACAAACAUAUUCUCGACAAUGUAGUCAAUUUAUUCGUAGGUCUUAUUGGACUACAGAUCGGAAUAGUUGAUCUUUUAACGAGUAUCGAAAUAACUCCCGAUAUUAUAAUAAGUCAUUCCAUUGGCGAAUUGAUUUGUGGAUACGCCGAUGGAUGUUUGACUGCUGAAGAGACGAUCAUGUUGGCAUAUCAUGUCGGUUUAGCAUUUUACAACUCAAAAAUAAUAAACGGCUCAAUGGCCGAAAUUAAUCUUGAUUUUAAAACUAUGAAGAAUAUGUGUCCACCGGAUAUCGAUGUAGCUUGUUACAAUAGUCAACAUAAUUUCAUUGUUAGUGGACCAACAGACUCUGUAAAAGCAUUCCUCGCUAAACUACAGAUGACAAAGUUUAUUUUUCUUCAGAAUAAUAAAAUUUCUGCAAGAGAAAUAUCCUGUGGACGUAUACCUUUUCACAGUCGCUACGUCGAACCAGUAAGAGCCAAACUUUUGAAGUACUUGAAUCAAGUGUUGCCGCAAAAAGCGUUUCCGAGCUCGAAGUGGCUGAAUGGUCUCUCUUGUGAAUAUUUCGGCACAUCUUCAAAGUCAUAUCUCGCAAAAUAUUAUGCUAACCAUUUGUUAACCCCGGUAUUGUUUUCGGAAUUUAUGGGUUUAAUUCCAAACGACGCGGUGACGAUUGAAAUUGGGCCGUACGAUAUCCUACAAAACGUUCUUGAUGAUUCCUUGGAGACAUCAGUGACAAAUAUCGCGUUAUACAAAUUCUGUUACAAACCGAACAUUGAAAUAUUUUUGGACGGAAUUGGAAAACUUUAUAAUGCUGGACUACAACCGCAAAUCGCAAAUUUAUAUCCGGAAGUCAAGUUUCCUGUAAGUUGUGGUACACCGAUGAUCUCUCAUCUUGUAAGAUGGGACCAUUCCGAAGAUUGGUAUACAUAUAAAUAUUUCGUACAGAGAAAACUUGCAAAAGGGGAAGCGAUCGUUACUAUUAAUAUAACAGAGGAAGAAUAUUUAUACAUGGUCGGGCAUGUAGUUAAUGGAAAAAAUUUAUUACCGGCUACGGGAUAUCUUGUGCUUAUGUGGCAGUUGAUCAGCUGGUUAAAAAAGCAAAAUCAUCUUGAUAUACCAAUUGUACUUGAAAAUGUCGAUUUUAUACGCUCUACGAUUUUGUCACCACAAAAGCCAGUCGAUUUAACUCUCACGCUCCAGAAAGGUAGUAACAAAUUUGAAAUAAUCGAAGGAGGCAAUAUUGUCGUCACUGGAACAAUACGAAUUCCAAUUAAUAUUGAAGACGAAAAAACGUUUAUUACGUUUGUCGAUCGAAAUAACAAUGAGGAGGAAGAAAUGAAUACCAAAGAUAUCUAUAAAGAAUUGAAACUUCGCGGUUAUCAAUAUGUCGGCGAAUUUCGUGGACUGAAAAGUGCCUCAAUCACGGGAAGGAAUGGUCAUAUUGCCUGGACUGAUAACUGGGUAACAUUUAUGGACAAUAUGUUGCAGUUGAUGAUUUUAGGACAAAAUUCGAGAAGUCUCAUGGUACCAACAAGAAUUCGCAAAGUAGUGAUUGACCCGAAAUCUCACAUACAACAGAUUGACAAACUGCCAAAUGAUGAAAAACAGGUCCUUGUGCAAAAUUACAAAAAUUUAGACGUUUUGAUAGCUGGAGGAAUAGAAAUAUCCGGCACCGUGGCUACAAUUAUAUCUCGUCGACAAAGAACAGCUAAUCCCGUACUUGAAGAGUACAAAUUUGUUGCUCAUCGAGACCUAAGUGUUUUGUCUUUGCAAGACGUAAUAAGAAUGUCGGUGCACAUUGCGCUUGAAUGUUACAACAUGAUAAACAUAAAAAUCAUAGAAUUAAUCGAGGACAGCGAUCAAGUAAUGCCGGAGAAUUUAAAUUGUUUAUUAGUGAAUAAAGUUCUGGAUGAUUUACCGCAAAUUCAAUCCGACAUCAAAGUGGUAGCGACACAAGAGCGAUUCAAAAAUAUCACUUUGCCCGACAACAUUUCAACAACAGAUUUUGGGAAACUGACGAAAAAUGAAAACAGUUUAAUGGUUAUAGGUUUCGGAAUUUUAACGAAAAAUAAUAAUGACUUAUAUGAACAAUUGUUGUCUGUUAUAAUGCCGCAAGGAUUUCUUUUAACUCUGGAAAAGUUGAAUGCUAUGUAUGACUACUCCUGUCUAGAUAAGUAUGGGUUAAAAGUAGUUUUGGAGAAACGCACCAACGAUAAGACAUUUAUACUAUUAAGGAAAGUACAAUUUGUGAAGAUUCAGCAAAUAGUUCAUGUAAACAAUUAUGAAUUUUCGUGGGUAAACAAGCUUAAAUCAUUUAUGAACGUAAGAAAUGAAACUAAAAAUAUGAGGAUAAUUUUGGUCGCAGAAGGAGACUUCGAAUCCGGACUAAUUGGCUUUUUGAAUUGUUUGCGAAAGGAACCAGGUGGUGAAAUGAUUUUAGGUGUAUUUAUUCAAGAUGAAGAUGUGCCUAUCUUUUCAGUACAAGAAUCAUUGUACACGAAUCAGUUACACCUGGAUUUACCCAUUAAUGUUAUACGUUCCGGUAAUAUUUGGGGAUCCUACAGGCAUUUUCCCUUACCACCAUUAGAACCAAAACUGGUAGACAGUGCCUAUGUUACACAAUUGGUGCCAGGUGAUUUAAGUAGUCUUCGUUGGGUAUAUAACAGGAUAUCUUUCAAUGACGAAGAGAAAGAAAAUUUAGUACGAAUAGUCUAUGCGUCUAUCAAUUUUAAAGAUGUCAUGAUAGCUAGUGGUAGACUCAAUCUCGAAACUAUUUCGAACGAACCAGAUAAUGGUUCUCUACUUGGAAUGGAAUUUGUUGGUUUUAAUAGAUAUGGCCAAAGAAUAAUGGGUAUAUGUUCAGCAGGAGGAAUGGCAAAUAUUCUCGUAGCUGACAAAUAUCUCAGUUGGAUCGUACCUGACAACUGGACGAUGGAAGACGCUGCGACGGUUACUUGCGUAUAUUGUACGUGUUAUUACGCUUUAUAUCUGAAAGGUAAAAUGAAGAAGGGCGACAAAGUGUUGAUUCACUCCGGUACAGGAGGCGUCGGUCAAGCUGCGAUUCAUCUCGCGCUUCACGAAGGCUGCGAAGUGUUUACGACGGUCGGGACUGCUGAGAAACGGAACUUUAUAAGAAAAACGUUUCCCUCCAUAUCCGAGGAUCAUAUCGGAAAUUCUCGAGACACGAGUUUCGAGCAAAUGAUUAUCCAGGGAACGGAAGGUCGCGGAGUGGAUAUCGUAUUGAAUUCCUUAGUCGAGGAGAAACUGCUAGCGUCCGUUCGUUGCUUAGCAAAGGGCGGCCGUUUCCUCGAAAUUGGAAAGUUUGACAUGUUUGCUAAUAGUCCUUUAGAAAUAUUUUCAUUCUCAAAAGGCAUUAGCUUCCACGGCAUUUUAUUAGAUAAAUUAUUCUCUGCAAAACCGGAGAGUAAGACAGUACUAAGGAGCAAAAUAAUAGAAGGUUUAAAGAAUGGUGCUAUCAAACCAUUAUGCAGGAAAGUCUUCAAAAAGGAUGAAGUAGAAGUUGCAUUUAGAUACAUGACUGCUGGAAAGCAUAUUGGCAAGAUAAUGAUAAAAGUUCGUAAUGAAGAUGAACCCUUAGAUGCACUUAUUUUCGCAUAUCCGAGUUACUACUGUCUAAAACACAAGUGCUACAUUAUCUUAGGUGGCUUAGGUGGUUUCGGUCUAGAAUUAAUUGAUUGGUUGAUUUCACGUGGUGCGAAAAAUCUAGUACUGACAUCGCGAACUGGAAUAAGGAACGGUUAUCAGCGAUCGAGAGUGAAGUUAUGGCAAUCACAAGGUGUGAAUGUACAAAUCGUGACAGCUAUUGAUGCUUCGAAAUACGAAGACUGUAAUUCUCUAUUAAAAUUUGCCGAAGAACAAGGUCCUGUGGAUGCUAUAUUCAAUCUCGCAGUUGUGUUGAAAGAUGGCAUAUUCAAGAAUCAGUCUCCAGAGACUUUCGAAGAAUCUUUCUUAUCAAAAGCAUGGACGACAAAAAAGAUGGACGAAUUAUCGAGAACAAUUUGUCCCCAGCUUCGACAUUUUGUCGUUUUUUCUUCCGUUUCAUGUGGAAGAGGUAACGCUGGCCAGACAAAUUACGGAAUGGCAAAUUCUAUAAUGGAAAGAAUUUGUGAAAGAAGAAUGAAAGAGGGUCUACAUGGUUUGGCUAUACAAUGGGGCGCUAUUGGUAAUGUUGGGCUUGUCGCAGAUAUGCAAGAAGACGACAAAGAACUUGUUAUUGGCGGUACAUUGCAACAAGAAAUAUCCUCUUGUUUAAAUACAUUGGAAACAUUCUUGCUUCAAGAUCGAUCAGUCGUAGGCAGCAUGAUUGUGGCUGAAAAGAGAAAAGGUUUUGGCCAGGCAACGAAUCCACUUGAAGCGGUUGCAAAUAUUAUGGGAUUGAAAAAUCCAAACAUGGUGGCGCCAAACAUAUCUCUGGCCGAACUAGGAAUGGAUUCAAUGAUGGCAGUGGAAAUUAAACAGACGUUGGAGAGAGAAUUUGAUAUUUUAUUGACGGCACAAGAUAUUCGAAAUCUCAAUCUUGCUAAACUCAAACAAAUGACAAAUACAGCCGAGAAAGAUGAGGUGCCUGACGCCACUGAAGCUGACGCAAAUGAGUUGGACGGAUUAAACAUGUUGACUAGAAAACUUAGCGAUUCGGAUUUGAAUUCAGAUAUUUAUGUAGAAGUCGGUACAAAGAGGGAAGCUGUUGGAAGCGAAGUAUUUCUUAUACCAGGUGUCGAUGGCUGUGCCAGAGUAUACAAAUUGGUAGAAUCGAAAAUUAAAUCCUCGGCGACGUGUUUACAACACGGUGUAUUUCAUAUUCCGGGUGUCACUCGUUCAAUAACGAAAUCAGCAGCGUAUUUUCUGCCUUAUGUAUUGGAGAAAAUGAGAGGUCAAAAGGAAUUUUUGGUUGUGGGUUAUUCAUUUGGAUGUUUAAUUGCCAUCGAAUUAGCAAGAUUAUUGGAAGCUAAGAACUUUGCUGGACGUUUAAUAAUUAUUGAUGGUGCUCCUGAUCUAAUGAAAUUUUUGGGUGAAAUAGUUCUUAAUCAACAGUCGGAACACGAAUUACAAAAUGAUGUUAUACUUCUUUUCAUAAAAAUGUAUCUUGGAUCUCGUAGUGAAAUGCUUGCAUCAGAGCUGAUUAAGUGCAAAACAUGGGAGGAAAAGUUAGAAGCAUUUUCUCCCUUUUCGAAGGAGAUUACUGUAUUAUCUGUUGAAAAUCAGAAACUUUUAUGUUCAACAGUUUUCGAUCAUAUAAUCGCUUUAAGAAAUUAUAAUAUAUCUUCGUUGCCGCGCUUAAAAUCAUCUAUAACAUUUUUAAAACCUACACUUGCGCCUUUCAAUUUUAUCGAGGAGGAUUGUGGUUUAUACAAGAUCACCGAAGGUGCAAUACAAAUUCAUUACGUGGAAGGUACUCAUAUCUCAAUGAUGGACAAUGACAAAAUAGCAUCAUUUAUUAACGAAGCGUUGUAAAUUAAAAAUUAUGAACAAUAAUUAUACAAUAUAAU